AUGGCGGAUGAGGCGUUUGUCAUAACAGAUCAGGAAAGACUUGAUCGCCUGAAUAAUGAAGCCAGAGAGAAAAGGAACAGAGAUAUACCCUUUACUCCAGACAUUUCUCAGCCAUUUUAUAACUUUGUUGAAAAAAUUUUUGGAACUGAGAAACCUUACGAGGCUGGACAUGGGUUCCCUUUAACUUACGCAUCUGGAGGAAACUUUCUCCACCGCCCUUUCCUAGAUUUCCCCGCCUUACAGAUGGGCACAUCAUGGUUCACGAUGCAGAAUGUUUUUAGUUCAAGAUUUUGCCAAAUCAUGGAGCGUGACUUCUUCCGCUGUGUUGCAAGAGUUGGCCUUCAAAAUACAGACAAGCAUUGCAAAAUAUACUGGGAAGAUUUGCUUGAAUGUCAGAACCAUGAUAAAGCUAAAAAAAGAGCUGUUAUGAUGAAAAAAGUUAGAGAGGUAAAGAAAAUGGAGCCAAUGGCCACUCUGCCGUACAGCGCAUUUAAAGACCCCGACUUCUGA